CCACACACACUUACACACUCGUUACGCACACAAAUGCAAAUGCACACACUUCAUGAGCAAGACUGUGGUUCGCUCUGGGAGCAGAGCAGUGUAACGAGGGCAGUCAUCACAGACGAGGAGAAGAAGCGCUGAGGUGUCACUAUAUCCAUAUGAAAUGGUGCUGAAGACAGAAAGAUGAACCAUGAACCACUGUUAAUCAGUCUUGCAGACAUAAAGCCGUUAAACAGCCAACCAACAGCCUGUCGGAUUUUUUUUUUUAACUGUCAUUAGUAUGACUGGAAAAGCUGUUCUUAUCAGUCCAUAUGUUACUUUUUAGGUUUUCAACAACAGGAAACAAUCAGUUACUACCUAAAUUGAAAAUACAGGGAGAGCUGGAGAUAAAAGAAUUACAUGUGGGUGGCCAAGAUUUUAAGUGGCACUUAAUCAAUGAGAGCCCUUGAAGCAACCAUCCUUCAUCUGAUUAAAAUCUGACACAAAAACAGGACAAUGGUUCACAUAAAGCAGCGGUCAUGAUGUCAUCUGAUUGACUCCAGUGAAGCAACAGCAAUAAUGUUGUCCAAAGUAAUGCUGGGCUUCAUCUUGAUCCUUCUCAUCCUCCUGACUGUCGCUGGUAAUGUACUUGUGUGCCUGGCUGUCUGUGCUUCUCGACGUCUCCGCUGCCUCACUAACUGUUUCAUUGUGUCGCUGGCUGUGACAGACCUGCUGCUCGGCCUCUUAGUCCUCCCUUUCUCUGCUCUCCUACAGCUAAAUGAAGAGUGGCCACUUGGCGCAGUCUUCUGCAACUUCUAUAUCUCCAUGGAUGUUAUGUUGUGCACUGCCUCCAUCCUCACCCUCCUGGCAAUCAGUGUCGAUCGCUACCUGGCAGUGACCAUGCCUCUGAGAUAUGCAUCACUGGUGUUGCCAUGGAGAGUUGCUGUAGCUAUGGCGAGUGUCUGGACAGUGUCUUUGGCCGUGUCUUUCUUGCCCAUCCAAAUGGGAUGGAACACCGUUAACGGGACAGUGCAGAACCACGGGCCUUGGGCUUCGGAGGGGAAAUGUCGUUUUGAACUGAACAGACCGUAUGCGCUUACUGACUCUCUUCUCACCUUCUACCUGCCUCUGGUGGCUAUGUGCUGGACCUACCUCAGAAUACUUCGCAUUGCACGUGCACAGGCCAAGCGCAUUGUCAGUGCACGCCCCACUUGCAUCACCAGCUACAACUGCAGGAGCAAUUCUUCCACUACCACCACUGUGAUUUCCAGCAUUACAGUUGUGGCGCUGCGGGAGCACAAAGCCACAGUGACACUGGCAGCAGUGAUUGGGGCUUUUGUGGUGUGCUGGUUACCUUAUUUCAUCCUAUUCACAGUGCUGGGCCUACAGGAGCAUCCAGACCCUAGCACAGUGCCAGAAUAUUCCAUUGUGCUGUGGCUAGGCUAUGCCAACUCAGCCCUAAAUCCAAUCCUCUACGGAGCCCUCAACAGGGACUUCAGGUCAGCCUAUACCCAUCUACUGAGAUGCCGAUGCCCUAUGUACAGCAGAUGGAGGAGCCAGCAGAUAUCCCCUUCUGUAUCAGCAGGUAAAGCUGUUCAAACCAGAGACCAGCUUACAGAGGUAACGCUGCUGUGCGGCCACGCCCCUGCCACCUGCAGAGCAGGUCUAACACAUCAAAAUGUCAUGCUUCAAGAAAUGAACAGCAGGACAGCCACAACAUCUAUCCAAUUUGCAAAUGGCACUGCUACCACAGAUGUCAGUGGUGAUGGAAGUGAACCCAGGUUGUGCUGAGCUUGUGCUGGUGAGGUGGAUGAUGUGCUUACAAAACAACCCAGAACCGGAAUCCAUCAGGUCGAUGACAAAAGGGCAACAAACAGACAAAAGAUAGACAAAGAUGUACACCCCCCUCUAUUUGGAAGCAUCCAGUAUCACAGUAGAAACAUCCAUAGUACAUCAUCUAUUUCCUCCACGGGACCCAUCCUACCGCCUGAAACUUUUAUGUGUAGCCCUGUAUGUAUGUAUACAUUACCAACGGUGAGUGAAUAGACGAGCAAACCUUUGCUCCUUUUCAUUUGUGUCUUUAUGAAUACAAAGAUAAGGAUCUCUGCAACUCUACAGCUCAUCAGUAAGAAUCAACUGCACACGCACAGCCAGCUCAAUCCACCCAGGACCAAACAAAUGAUGCUGCUUCUACUUGGACGGAACUAAAACUCAACUUGUUUAACACAAUUAGUUGACUGCAGCCAACUGUCACUCAGGGCAACAUAUGGCCCUAAAAUGCUCUUAAGCAGACUAACUGUGGAUAGUAAUGAAGCACAGCAGGACCCUGUGAAGACCAGCCAAUUAACUUGUUGGUCAUCAAUUUCAUGAAGGACUGGAUAUUUUAUAUCCUGACUCAAGAGUGCACUCCAGUGGGAAUACAAAAUACCACAUCUGCGUAAUGGAAAAAAAAGGAAGAAUUGGUGUUAAAUUAAAAAUGUUCAAUAAAAUGAGAUAACGGAAGGGAGAAGGUGACAAAUAGACUCUCGUUACACUUAUUUAUGUGUUGAUAAAUAUGUGACCUUUCAAUGUGUAGCAUGCAAAAUAAUGUUAUGUGUAGAUUUUAAAGAAUGGAGCCCCCUCCAUAUAUUGUUUUACCGUUUAUCAUUUUGUGGUACAGAGCUGGUAAGUGUAAGCGUCGAAUCAUACUGUAAAUGUAACUAUGGACUGAAUAAAUGGCAUGCACUGUUCCUCAAAAAGCAAACAUACCAAUAAAGAGCAGCUCAAAU